AAUUGCAGACGUUUUCCUUGUAUAGGCGAAUCUUGGAAUCUUCCUAAAAAGGGUGGAUUCCUACUCGUUGUUUCAUCCUGAGGAACCAUUUAACUGUCGUUGAAGGCUUUUGUGGCCACUGGCUUGUGGGCUGUAGGACAUUUCUGUACGUCGAGUGCAAUCGAAGAAGAGGCUCCUAACUCAACCUUACCCAGGCGUUGGUAAGUCCCGCACGAUUGACUCUUAACCAGAACCUAUCGUUGGAGCAUCCAGCCACAAGGACUUGACAGAGAGCCUUCUGCUUUUUUAAAGUUUCUGUUUUAGAGCGACUUUGGUUUCAUUUGUUUUUAGUUGAAAAGGACAAUGAUGUGUGUUCAAUGAAGAGGAUUUUUAGCUUUAUUUUUUUUGUCAUACGUGUCCAAUGCUCAUCAAAUCCUAACACGGCUAGGGUUAAAUCUCUGGAUAACUGCCUUGAGUUAGGUGGAUUCAAAUUUUACGUCAACAAUCUAAACCUUUACUAAGCAGAUUAAAAAAUCCGCUAAAAGAAUCUUGAUAAAAGGAUCUUGGAAGAUCUUAAAAGAGCAGACCUUCACAUGAAGGCGAGCCCCAGGUGUCUUGCAGUGAACAUCAAUUGGAAUUACGUCUCACGAGAACUACUCACCGUUCGGGACUGACGGGCGCCCCACCCCACCCUCCCCACCCGCACAGCCUCACCACCGGCCCUGGUGGUACCAGGAGAUGUCAUUGAGCCCCCGGCCGCCCCAUCUUCACCCCCACUCCACCCCGUUCUCCGUCUCCGAUAUUCUCCACCCGCCGUCCGCUCUGGAUCCCGACUUCAAGAAGACAGUCGAGGCCAGCAUUCCACCCCUGGGUAACUACCGCUCCCCUCAGCACCAGGCCAUGGGGUCCAUGGGCAUGGGCGGGAUGGGCGGCAUGGGCGGGAUGGGCUCCAUGGGCGUGUCCGCCAACUACAACUACGUCCCGCAGUUCUCGCACCACACCUCAUCGUUCCCUGGACAAUACUGUACCGGAAGUGACCUCUCGGCCUACGCCGACCCCACCGGAAGACACAGCACUGCCGGAUGGUACGGACCCAGCGCCGCGGAUUCCAGAUUUAGCCUCUCCAGGUUUGGCAUGAGCCCCAGCUCUUGUAUGGCGUCCUCCAUGGGGGGCAUGGGCGGGAUGUCCUCGGGCAUCAACCCCGCCCUGGGCAUGGGGCACCUGGGGGACCCCACCAAGGGCGGCAUGGCCGGCUUCUCCAUAGCCCAGAGGCGGAAGCGGAGGGUUCUUUUCUCACAAGGACAGGUUUAUGAACUUGAAAGACGAUUCAAAACACAGAAGUAUCUAUCAGCACCUGAACGUGAACAGAUGGCCAUGAGCAUCGGGCUGACCCCGACCCAGGUCAAGAUCUGGUUCCAGAACCACCGCUACAAGCACAAGCGCCAGCAGAAGGACCGGGAAAAGAUGGAAUCGUCCAGCCAGAAGGAGUCCGGAACCGGACACAACUCGUCCAACCACAAGAACAACCCGGGCUCCAACACCUCGUCCUCGUCAUCCUCCUCCUCCCCGAGGAAAGUCUCCGUACCCGUGCUCAUCCGCGACGGGAAAUCUACCUCGGAUGGCGGGAACAACGGCAACGGGUCGUCAGGAUCGUCGUCGGCGUCGUCUGCCUCGUCGACCUCCUCCCUAAUCGGACACAGUCAGCAUCAUCUUGGGGGCGGGGUCGGCUCCCCCCACUCGGUGCUCCACUCCUCCUGCGCGGUGAACAAGAACACUCUAUCCCACCACCACCACGACAACUUCCUCAGCACCCCCUCCCCCGACCUCACCGCCACCCUCACCUCCCACGCGCUGAACCAGCCCAGCCUCUCCCACCACGGACUCCACCACAGCAUGGGCUACGCCACCGGCGCCGUCAACGGCAACGCCCUGGCGUCGCCGUCUCCUUACCUUAUAAACGGCAGGACGUGGUAAACAAUGAUCUAUUUCUGUCCAUCGGGAAACUCCACUAGAAAACAAAUUUUAACACAAAAAAAAAAAAA